AUGGAAAUCUUAAUCGGUCACACUUCUUUCUGCUGUGACAACGAUGAACCUACGACAACGAGAAAUCCUUCCUUUCCUCCUAAAUUGUUUUUUUCAUUGAUUUUAGGGAGAAAAUUUACUACUAUCCACACUUUCGUGUUGUUUACUUUGCUUAACGAAGUAAACUAUGAUAACAACUUAUUAGAGCUAUUUACUAAUUAA